AUGCUUCAGCCUGACCCCCCCUCUCUCCCCCCUCCCCCCUCAGCCGCGCGUAUCAAAAGGCCCAUGAACGCCUUCAUGGUGUGGUCUCGGGCGGAGCGGCGCAGUGUUGCGCACUCAAACCCAAAGUUACACAACUCUGAGAUCAGCCGCAGACUGGGCGCGCGUUGGAAGCGCAUGAGCGACGCAGACAAGAGGCCGUUUAUAGACGAAGCCAAGCGGUUGCGCGCGCAGCACAUGCACGAGCACCCGGACUACAAGUACCGGCCGCGGCGGAAGAAGGCACUGCUGCGAAAGGACAGGUACAGCAGCGGGGACUCAGAUUCCACGCGCAUGCAAAUGGAGUCCCCGUGCACGCGCAUGGAGCCCUACGCGCUGAGCGGCUGGAGCGGUGCAGGACCAAUGAUGCACGAGCUGUACGCGCAACACACCAGCCCUCCACAUCUGCACCGCUACGACGUGAGCGCGCUCACGUACAACUCCGUGCACGUGCAGGGCUACGGAGGACUCACCGGAUACACGCAUACACACCAGGGCCCCUGCGCGUCCCCUAGCCUCAAGCACGAACCCAGCAUGAGUCCCACGCCAGAGCUGCAUGACAUGAUCCGCGUGUACCUCCCCGCGGAGCACGCGCUGCAACCACAGCACGGGACCACACCGCUCACGCACAUUUAA